CGCGCUCCCGCGCUGAUGCCGACGGCGACGGCCGAGUGGGAGGGAGCGGUAAGGGAGGAGGCGCGCGGGCUCCUAGUGGCGGCUGCAGUGAGGGGGGCUGCGGCCUGCAGGGCCGGGGGCUGGCGUCAUGUUCCUCGUUGCUCCUGUUCGCGCCGCUGCCGCGCAGUCGGUAAGGAAACCCGCGGCCUAGGCGCCGCUUCCCCCCCCUUCUUCAAGGCGCCGCGGCGAGAGACGGCGUCCCUGGUAGAGACGGGCCCGAGGCAGCAGGUGAGACAGAUCCGCUACUUGCAUAAAACAGCUGUGCGCAGUGGAGGUGGAGGAGCCUUGUUUCUGCACAGAGAUACUCCUGAAAAUAACCCAGAUACUCCAUUUGAUUUCACACCUGAAAACUAUAAGAGAAUAGAAGCGAUAGUAAACAACUACCCAGAGGGACAUAGAUCAGCUGCUGUGAUUCCAGUACUAGAUCUGGCCCAGAGACAGAAUGGAUGGUUGCCCAUAUCAGCGAUGAACAAGGUUGCUGAAGUUUUACAGAUGCCUCCCAUGAGAGUAUAUGAAGUAGCAACUUUCUAUACAAUGUAUAAUCGGAAGCCUGUUGGAAAAUAUCAUAUUCAGAUCUGCACAACUACACCUUGCAUGCUGAGAGACUCUGAUGGCAUACUAGAGGCCAUUCAGAAGAAGCUUGGUAUACAAGUUGGGGAAACAACACCUGAUAAACUUUUCACACUGGUAGAAGUUGAAUGUUUAGGCGCUUGCGUAAAUGCACCGAUGGUGCAAAUAAAUGAUAAUUAUUAUGAAGAUCUGACAUCAAAAGAUAUUGAAGACAUAAUUGAUGAACUAAAGGCUGGCAGAGUUCCCAAACCUGGCCCAAGAAGUGGACGCUUUUCUUGUGAGCCAGCUGGUGGUCUUACUUCUCUGACUGAACCACCCAAAGGACCUGGAUUUGGAGUUCGAGCAGACCUCUAAGCAUUUAUAUAAUAAAUUAUAAAAACAUAUUUUGUCUGAAAAUAAAAUACAGUUAACCUCAUUAAAA